AGAUGAAUACUGUAUUCAACGGAAAAGAUGAGCUCAAAUAAAUAAUGAGAGCGGCGGUUCUCUUUUUUGUAGUAUUCAAAACCCUUCUAUUGCAAAUGUAAAGACCCCGUGUCUUUUGCGUACUUGGUAGGGUAAGUUCGACUACUUUAUUACUGAUCAUUUUUUUAUCAUCGAACUCCAUCGCUGCCUAACCGCUCUAUAAUUGUCUUUUCUAAGCAACAUGUCGACUGAUAUCGAAAACACCAAAGAGGAGGAAACUCCCGCCUGCACCACCGAUGACCGGAUAGUCCCUCCUGCGGAUGCAAUGUUCAGUACCGAUGGGUUUUGCGUGUCUGAAAAAGACUCUUGUUGGAUAUGGUUCAACUACAAGGUGAAGACAUGCAUCAACGGACUCUUUUCCGUGUAUGGCAUGAACUGCAUGUUUUCUGCGGGUAGUGUUAACGCGAUGUUUUGCAUCCUGGCAGUCAAUAGCUGCCUUUCCUUGUUGUCCUGCAACAGCGUCUUCAGCGUGCUUUCCUUGGUAAGUCGAUUGCGAGGCGUCACUGUUGCGAUUGGGCGGGAUGCGUCUACGCUUGCAAUCAAGAAGGAUCACUAGUGGUUGGUUUCUAUCGCUUUCCUUGCAGCAAUGGGUCUGAUUUUGAUUUUGCUCUGUAUUUUGCCCUUUCCAAACGAAAGAAUUCCGUCAUGUCAGUUCUGAGUAAAGACUCGAUGUUUUCCGUCGGAUGCCAGAGUGAGUCAUUCAAGAUCUGCUAUUAGUUGAUUCAUUGACAACCAGAAGGACGUUGUGUUGAAACUAAGCAAGCAGUUUAGUGAAAGGCAUUAAGGACUAAAUGGGUUGUUUGGAUAAAUCGGCUCGUUAUACAUAAAGAGGAGAUGUUCAAGUGAGAAAUAGGUGAUUUACCUUGUUGGUUUCUGUUGAAGAAGAAAGAACCCGGAGGUACGACAGGCGAACCGUUGCGAACCAGAAUCUCUAAGUACGAUAUAUGGAUAUUUGGUAAAUAGGAGAGAUA